AUGGAUCUCUUCUUUCUGUUGCCUUCUAAUAUGAAGGCCAAGAUAUUGUCGCCUUUGGAGCUUGACGAUCCUUCUGGGACAGGCUUUAUUGAGAGCUUCUCUGAUGAAAUCUCGCUUACGGAUCUUCAAUUAUCUAGAACCGAGUAUUGUCGCACUCCUGCACAAGAUGCCCUCCUUGGUCUCGCCCCUGAUCCAGAAGCAGACUCAACUGAAAUGGCUGGCGUCUCUCCUGCCCCGGACACUGACUCCAGUAAAAAAAAAUUUCAUGAAACUGCUGAAGCAGGUGACUCUUUAGGCGUGGUAAGAAGCAGACAAUCCUCUAGUUUAUUAGUUGGUUACUUUUAA